GUGAGUGGGGGGCCCCGUGGCCUACGUCAGCCGUGCAGCGCGGCCCCCCCAUCUUCUCCGACACCCCCCCCCUUACAACACACACGCACCGCGGGCCCGGCCGCUCGGCGGUGAGGCGGCGGGGCCAGCGGCGGGCUCGUCCGGCUCCCCUCCUCCGCGUCCUCCUCCCUCCCCGCCAUGGAGGGCAUGGACGUGGACCUGGACCCGGAGCUGAUGCAGAAGUUCAGCUGCUUGGGCACCACCGACAAGGACGUUCUCAUCUCCGAGUUCCAGCGGCUGCUCGGCUUCCAGCUCAACCCAGCCGGCUGCGCCUUCUUCCUGGACAUGACCAACUGGAACUUACAAGCAGCAAUUGGCGCCUAUUACGACUUUGAAAGUCCAAACAUCAGUGUGCCCUCUAUGUCCUUUGUUGAAGAUGUCACCAUAGGAGAAGGGGAGUCAAUACCUCCUGAUACUCAGUUUAUAAAAACAUGGCGGAUCCAGAAUUCUGGGGCAGAGGCCUGGCCUCCAGGGGUUUGUCUUAAAUAUGUCGGGGGAGACCAGUUUGGACAUGUGAACAUGGUGAUGGUGAGAUCGCUAGAGCCCCAAGAGAUUGCAGAUGUCAGCGUCCAGAUGUGCAGCCCCAGCAGAGCAGGAAUGUAUCAGGGACAGUGGCGGAUGUGCACUGCUACAGGACUCUACUAUGGAGAUGUCAUCUGGGUGAUCCUCAGUGUGGAGGUGGGUGGACUUUUAGGAGUAACGCAGCAGCUGUCAUCUUUUGAAACGGAGUUCAACACACAGCCACACCGCAAGGUAGAAGGAAACUUCAACCCGUUUGCCUCUCCCCAAAAGAACCGACAAUCAGAUGAAAACAACCUAAAAGACCCUGGGGGUUCCGGGUUCGACUCGAUCAGCAAAAACACAUGGGCUCCUGCUCCUGACCAAACCGAGCAAGAUCAGAAUAGACUCUCACAGAACUCUGUAAAUCUGUCCCCCAGCAGUCACGCAAACAACUUAUCAGUAGUGACUUACAGUAAGGGGCUCCGUGGGCCGUACCCCUUCGGCCAGUCUUAAACGGGUGUCCGCAAGAAGAAACAUUAACAGGCGACAGAAGGCUUGACUAUGGGGGAGGGCACGGGGUCCUCUGCAUUGCAAACCACAUCGCCCGGACCCCUGGCUCGGACCCCCGCCCAGCAGCAGCAGCAGCAGCAGAGCAGACUAGUUUUGAGUCACCUCAGUGUGCGUGUGUGAGUGCGGAGUCGCAGGAGUGGUGUUGAGGCUACCGAGAAGAAAUCCACGCAGCCACCUUGAGUUUCCAUUCUUUCGUCAGCCUAACAAGUUAUUAGGUCACUCGGGAAGGGAAAGAAGUUUAAAAUUGGGGAAAAUAAGCCAUCUUUUUAAACAAAAAUUAUUUUGCCUACAGAGAGGUUGUAGUUUUGAGCACAUGUUAAUUUUCUCUCCUCUGUCCCCGCUUUUAUUUUUUUAAUAAGGGAUAACAUACUCUAUAGAGUAGUGCUUGCUCUGGAGACGAUUCAGGUUGAAGGCUGGUGUGGCACGUUUGGAGACUGUGGGUCAGUGCUGCUGAAGCACGUGGCGGUACCAUGUGACUCCAGCGUCUGGUCCCAUUUGUUUUUAAUGGCACCUGCCAGUGCGUUGUACCCUUCCUUCUCUCCUCUCUAAUCUUGUGUUGAUUUACACCUCUGUCCUUUGUACUUGUCAGCUCUGGCUUCUUUGCAUCAGAACUUCUCUGAAGACCAACCUUCCCUGUGUGGCUAGCAGAGGAAGCCUUUGAGGACAGAUCUUGGGUGACGUGGCAGUUUGUGAGGCCAAGAGGUGUCCUGCGCACAUUAUAGCAGUUGGGAUCUCUUUCUCCUGUGUUCUUGGCAGAGGGACGGCCGUCACGCCUGCAUGCUCUUGGACUGUGUGUGCAGUGGCUCCCACUUGUGCUGGGAACAGUUUCUGUGGGCUGGGCUCCACGUGCACACACAGGGGAGCACAGCUCACUGCAAGCACGUCCCAGGCCUCUCUCUCUCGUCACGCAGCUCCCCUCCUUGUGUCCCCUCCACUUGCUCUUGGUGGUGUUCCCGCAGCCUGUCAGCAGAGGCUGAGCUUAUUAAGAAAAGAAAAUACAGCCCCAGGUGGGAGAUUUAUCGUAGGGUGGGGCCAUCUGACUGCUUGACUUGGGAGGCCACAUUCAGAUGGAGGGGAAAGACCUCCCCCAGUGGGGUGCUCAGUGUGGGGGCGAGCAAGUUGUAGCCCAGAGGAGCUUCAGCUCUUGGCUCCCUGGGCAGGUGCCCACUGGUAUCCCAUGGACUCCAAGCGGGUUGAAAUGUGGAUGUCUCCAUGGGAAGCUUGAACCAGGCUAGAACAGCUGUCUGCCAAAGAUACAAGAAUAUGCAAAGUCCCUCUCUCCUCUCAAUCCCUCCUUCCCUGAGUCACAGUUGGCUUGAGAGCUGGGGUGUGCAUGGUCUCCUGCCUGCUCCCACAGCCCCCAUCUGCUCUGCUUGGGGCAGUGUGAGCAAAGCAGGGAGACCAGGGCAUGAGUGGCUGCAAGAGGUCCUGUAGCCUGGGUGUGGGUCAGGGUCUGCCUGCCUCUUGUUGGGUGUCUGAGUUCCAAAAAUCGUGUGGUGUUUCUUCCUCCUCAUCCUCUUCUGAGACUGUUGAUUUUAAACCCUUGAUUGUGGGAGACAAGCUUGAAUGAAAUCCCCUCACCUCUCCACUUCCCAGAAUAAAGAGCAAAUGGGACUAGCCGUGACAGGCUGUGCCACUGGGUCUGGAGUUAGACAGGCUUCACGGGAGCCCCUCUUCCCUGUUCCCUCUCAGAGCCAAGGGCGGUCUCUGAUGGGUACUCACACCCUGGGGCUCAGAGGACUUUUUGUCUAAGGGCCCUGUGGCUCAGAUUGCUGCUGCCCUUGGUGCCAUUCUCCUAGUAUACUGCCACCCUGGAGUGCAUGUGUGCCCAGCAGUUCCUUCUGCUUGCUGGCCUUCUCCAUCUGUCCUCCCCACUAGGUGCCCUUUUUCAGUUUCCCAGCAGGGGCUCGUUCAUCAGGAGGUCAGUGAACCUGGUUCUGCUUGUCAUCCUGACCCCUCAACACACACACACACACACACUUGUGGGCAACCUUACCUGGCAAGUUAGAUGCCCGUGGCACACUGGCUUCCUCUCCAAGAACAAGCAGGGUGGGCACAUCAUUGGAGUGGUGAGCUCCUUGCAGAAGACCCAAGCAGGCGCAUGGCUUGCGGCUUCCCAGACCAGAGGACUGCGCUCUUCUGCUCACGCACCCGCCCUGCGUGGCUCUGAGAAUUGUUAGAGUCCUCUCUCCCCUGCCUAGUGGGGUGGCGGAAGUACCCCUUGGCCCCAGGAGUACCAGUGGCUCUGGCACCCAAGAGGCAAGACAGGCACCAAACUUCAGGUGAUAGAGCCUGAGCUCUGUUGGGGAGCUGGAAGUGGGCAGGCAUGGGGAGACCCUGUCCUGUCCGUGUGUGUGGAGUGAGGCGUGUGUGUGUGUGUGUGUGUGUGUGUGUGUGUGUGUGUGUGUGUGUAGGUGUGUGUGCACGUAUGCAUGCCUUUUCUUUUUUUGCCAUGGGGACAGUUGAAUUUGGGGCAUUUUUCUACAAGAAACAGCCUUCUUGCCCCAGUAAGGAAUGACUAACCGGAAGCCCACCAAAGGGGCUUUCAGCCUGGAGAGACCCUCACCCUCACCGAGACAGCCAGUGGACGUGAGUGUGAAGACCCCAAAGUUGCGAGUGAGAGAGGAAGGUAGGGCUGCCAGGGCUCAGAAGCGCAGACCAGUGCUGUGUCCCCGAUCUGUUUCCCUCGUUUCCCUGGGUGAAUGUGGGGGCAAUCUGCUGCCCCUCCCACCUGGACCAUGGUGGGUGUCUGGUGGGGCCUCAUGGUGCCUAAGAGGAGAUGAAGAUGAGGAGGUUUUCCUUACUGUGUAAAUGAAUAUUUGUAUGAUUAAAUUAACACACACAAAAGAA